AGGAGCAGACAACCAAAACAAUGUAGUUUCGUUUAUGGCUUUUGGGGCAAAAAGAGGAUUCAAAUCGAAGAGAGAAGUCGUAGUUCCUGAAAUCUUUGUCAUAAGAAUUCUGAAUUAGCUCUGCUUAUUCAUGGGGUUCGACCGAUAUGGAGGAGAAACGUACGCUUCUUCAUGGCUGUGGAGGCAGAAAGGAAGACAUCCUAAUCGUAAUUUCGGUCAAAAUUAGGGAUAGGGGUUUGCUCUGAUUGUUCAUGGCUGUGGAGGAGAAACGAAACGGAGGUAGUUUGAUUGUUGGUGGUCGUGGAGGCAGAAGGAAGAUCCAAAUCUAAGGAAGAAGUCUAGUACCUGAGAUUUUGUUCAAGGAAUAACAUUGUAUAUGGUGCCUCCUCAUAGGAUAUGUGAUCCGGUCUUUUUGGAAUUUUGUCGAUGGUGGAGCUUCAAGGUUGUGCUGGUUUAGUGAAUGGGCCUGCAUUAUGUGCUGCAAUAGACCAGGAAUCCAAAGGGGAGAAUGUGAAUGUUAUUGCACAAAUGGCCGAUGAGUUACAGAGGGAGAGACAGAGAAAUGCUGAACUGCUGGACAGAAUAUCAUUUCUUGAAGCUAAAUUGUUACAGGAAAGAGUGUAUAAGGAAACCCAACUUGCUGAUGGACUUGGCAGUUGUUCCAAGUCAAUGCCAAGAAGCUUCAAGAGGCUUAAAAGAAGCAAAGAAGAUAGUGUUGAGAAAAAUGAAACAGUAAUGAAGUGUGGCACUCACUGUUUCACCCCCAAAGAUGCAAAUCCAGAAAAUCGAUUGGUCAGUUGGAUGAGUAUGGAUGAGACACAGUUUGUGCAUUGUGAAAAAUUGAAGGAAUGUGAUGUUACUGCGGAUGGUGUAGAUACAGACGAAACCGAUGAUGAAGAUGAUUAUUAUCAGGAGGAGAUUGAUGUUCCUUUUGACAUAAAGGAUUGGGAAAUUAAUGGGAAUUCAAAAAGUGUCCAUGAUAUUGAACAAGAUAUCGAUCUCGAUUCGAAUGCAGGAUAUUCGGAGAACCGCUCUUGUGCUGAAAAUAAGCCAACAUUUGUAGAUGAGCAAACAGAAGCUGAAGAAUAUGGAAAAGGACAGGAGCCUAAAACUGAGGUAGAAGAGAGAAGUGAAGCCAAAAAAACUUUAGUGUAUAAUGUAGGAUUACGAAAUGUAUCACUCCAAAGAAAGCCUCCAAAGUUAGCUUUCUGUCCUAAAGAAGUAAAGGGGAUUAUUGAAUCAGAAAUCUUGCUGCAGAAAAAUGCACAGUCCCACACCAUGAGGAAGAUAGUAGUUUUUUCAUGUCUUGGUAUAAGGCAUGGUUGUGAGGAGAUCUACGAGUUAGACUUCAAUCAUUUCAGUAUUCUAAGAAAAGGAGAGCCAUUCAUUUCUCCUCAAGAUCCUGGGGAGCAUGUCUUGUAUGAGAAUCCUGGUGUGAGGAGGAAGAUCUUCUACCCCAAUAGACACCACCCGACAUUAUGCCCUGUUCAAAUACUUGAGGAAGAGAAAGCUAUGCGACCAUUGGAUGCUAACUGUCCUUCUUGCUUAUUUCUCUGCAUCAAAUACGGCGGCAGGACGAGGAACCUCCCGCAGAACGAAUAUGUGAGGCAGCGAAUGGGAAGAAACAAGCUCAAGUCUUUUGGGCCACUCAUGUGCAGGAUGGCUAUGCUGGCUAAUACUCGCAGUGGGAGUUUUUUCUUCAAAGCCUUGGGCAUUACCCUUCUCUUCAUGGCUGGUUUUCCAGAUGAUCUCGUCCGCAAAGAAACCAAAUAUCGUAAUUUGGACUUGCUUCAGAAAUACUACAGGACAGACAAAGAUGCCGAAGGCGAAGAGUUAUUCCUCGCACGCUCAACGAUUGACAAAUUUGAUGACAAAUCUGUUCAGGAGCAGCUAGCUGGAAGAACUAUUCCAACAAAACCAAGGGGGAAAAAACAAAGUAACACCAAUGAACAACCUGGCUCUUCACAAAAGACAGCAGCCCAUCAGUCAUCAUUUUCAACACAAAUUGGAUCAGUAGGAUAUACUUCAAUCCAAACUAGUGCUGUGGCAGCAUUUCAGUCACUGCCAUCUCCAUCUCAGACACCAGUUGAUAGUAACCAUCCAAUUUCCAACCCAGUGGUUGGAAGUUCCUGUGGUGUGGCCUCCUACCAAAAUCAACACCCAUUUAAUUAUUUCCCACCAAACGCAUUUGUUCCUCUGAUGUAUUGGCCUCCUCCCAACUCAUUCAAUCCAGGACUUUACCCUUCUCCUUAUACUUACCAUUCUUUUCCAUCUAGUGGAAAUUGUAUAUCCUUCCAAACUCAUCCUUGUGGCAGCCUUCCAUGCAGCCCCUUCAUACUAAAACCUGUGGAAGAAAAUGCAAAGAAUGAGGACAUCUCAGAAGAAACGGAUAGUAACUCUGACAGUACUUCAAGCAGUAAAGAUUAAAACAUAUCAACAAGCAGCAAACGGUAACUCGGUCUCCCCUUGUAUUACUCUGCUUUAAAUUUAGGACCCACAUUAUCAGUUAUUCCCUUACUUUUGUGUCUCAUUCUAAGUGGGGUAAGAUGAUGACUAAGUCACCACUCCUUGUUUUUGUAUUAUUCCUCCAUUCAUCUGAAUGAAAAAUUAUUAUCAGAUUUAUCUGUAGCAUCUUCACUCAUCUUGAUAAGUUCUUGUUGAUAAAAAAAAAGAAUACCAUCUUUAGAUUUGUUAUUAUCAGCUAGUAGAUGCUCAAGAAUCGUUACUGCUAAAGUUGUGAAAAUUCUAAUAUUGUUAUUGACUGUUAUUUCUCUUCUUGUUCCAAUUUUCUUCAUCUGGCUCCACUAGUCAAACGUUCAUCCAAUGUGAGUCCCAAGAUUUCAAUUAUUUUGUUGCAAAAUACCAUGACAAGUGCAUUUACUUGGAUGCAAAUGAAUCUUUUCCUUUCU